AUGACCAAGAAACUCAAAAUCGACAAGAUGGUGAAAAUCUGCACUCACUCAGGUACUUUCCACGCCGAUGAAUCGCUAGCUGUUUACUUAUUGAAGCUCUUGCCACAAUUUCAAAAUGCUCAACUUGUGCGCUCGAGAAACCCCCCAGAUUGGGAAGAGAGCGACAUUGUGGUUGACGUGAGUGGGAAAUACGACGGCAAAAAGUAUUUUGACCACCAUCAACGUGAAUUUGACACUACUUUCAACGACAAAUACAAGACCAAGUUGUCUUCUGCUGGUCUUGUUUACAAGCACUUUGGGAAAGACAUAAUCAAGGAAGUGCUAGGAUUGCAUGAAGGUGAUAAAAAUGUCGAACUUCUCUACGAUAAAGUUUACAAGGAAUUCAUCGAGAGCAUCGAUGCCAACGAUAAUGGUGUCAACAACUAUCCCAAGGAGGUGGAACCCAAAUUCAACGACAGAAACAUCACUUUGCCCUCGAUUGUUUCCAAAUUGAAUCCAAGAUGGAAUGAAAGCUGCACAGAUGCCGAUUACGAUAGACAGUUUCUUCUAUCAAGUGAGUUGAUGGGCAAAGUGUUUAUCAAUUUAUUGGAAGGGUACGGCAAAGGGUGGUUGCCUGCCAAGACUCUAGUUGAAGAAGCGUUCAACAAGAGAUUUGACGUUGACGAAUCUGGCGAAAUUUUAGUCUUGUCGCAAUUUUGCCCCUGGAAAGAGCAUUUGUAUGCCAUUGAAAAGGAUGCUAAACAGGAAGGCGCAAUUAAGUUUGUUCUUUUCAAAGACUCGAGCGGGAAAUGGAGAGUUUCAACCGUUAGCGUCACUUCUAGCUCUUUUGAGUUUAGACUUGGCUUACCUGAGCAGUUGAGGGGAUUGAGGGACGAAGAGUUGAGCAAGAAGGCAGGCAUUGACGGGUGCAUAUUUGUGCACGCUGCUGGGUUCAUUGGAGGCGCGCAAACAGAAGAAGGAGUAUUGGCCUUGGCCAGAGCGGCGUUGAAGAAUGCAAAAUAA